AAGGUAGAGGAUCGCUCUGAUGCAAACUGCCCGUGAGCGAGUCAAGGGAAUGGGUCAGGUGUAGAAGGCGUUGACGGGUUUGUUCGAGGACUUUGACUUGACUCUCAUUUAUUGCCGUCAUGGCUGCUAUACAUAUCCUUAGAAGGAUGGAUUCUCGAUAAGAAAGCUAUCUAUGUGUUGAGUUGUUGGUGGAUGAGAAGCUGGUGAGAUGAAUAGAAGGAAGCUGCGUCCAAUCAUGUGGGCACGUAGAUGUCAAAGCCUAAAGUCCCGCUUUCUGCCUCAGGUUAAAGGUAGUCUUCUUUCUAUCUCAGCAAUCAAAAUAAACACUUUUCGUCUUCUUCUUUGAAUAUAAAGAUAAAAUCGGUUUCAAUAUAUACCUUGAUUAAAUCAUGAAGCCGCUGCACGAGUUCUUCAUACCUUCAGUAUACGAUGGGACCCGCCUCAGUUGCCGCAUAUAUCAACUCGAGGAUGUGAAUUAUCAAGAACAGCCUGCAAUCAAAGCUGCCGUUGUCGCUCAUCCCUAUGCCUCGCUCGGGGGAAAUAAUGAUGACCCCGUAGUGGCCUUGAUUACGGCUGAGCUCGUUCGGAAGGGAUAUAUAGUCCUCACUCUGAAUUUCCGUGGAGCAAGCUAUUCUGGUGGCUCAACAAGCUGGACAGGCAAACCUGAAAUGGGAGAUUAUAUCACUGCUUACGGAUUCAUACUUAAAUAUAGCCAGCUCCUGGCGCCGACAAAGCCAAUUGAACUGGUGCUCGCCGGAUACUCAUAUGGCUCAAUGAUAGCAUCACAUCAGCCCAACGUCGAAGAUGUAAUAUCCAUAUUCGCCAAACCAACAAGCGAUUCAAUAUCUGCUCGAAUUCUCGCCAAGGCCAAGAAAUUUAUCGCUGGGGAAGAAGAGCCUGAAGAAGAGUAUUACAGCACCAAAGAGGUGCAUUUGGACGACGAUACUGCUAGCGAUUUGCCGCCAGCCCAUAUCUCGUUUCUUUUGGUUUCCCCAAUUCUUUCAUAUGCCCUCGGAUUCGUGACCUUGUGGGGUAAUUUGACCAAGCUAUCGGUCCAAUCGCGUCAGAUAGUCACACCGGCAGUUGAAGAGCGACUGCCGAAGUAUCGGUCACUGAUCGUAUACGGCACUGAUGAUAUGUUUACAUCAGAGAAGAAGCUGCAACACUGGACCCAGAAGUUGAAGGAUGCGCCAGACAGUAAGGUCGAUGUGGUGGAGGUUCCUAUGGCUGGUCAUUUCUGGGUGGAACCGUCUUUCCAUCAACAGUUGAAACAAGCUAUUAGAGGCUGGCUGGAACAUGAGCAGUGGUUGUAGCAGGUUUGUGAUGAUUCGGCAAGUGUAUUGUAUAUUACCUAUUCUUAAUGCAUGUGAGACGAACUAUGAGUAUGCGCCUGGCCUAAUACGUACGACAUUCGCAUGUGAUAUUUUCCGGGCUAGCUGAUUAGGGAUUCUCGGGGCAUUGGAGUAAGGUUACUCGGACCUCUAUGUGAGAUCUUGCUUGGUGUCUUCCGGACUGCAGGGAUAAGUCCAUCUGAUAGGACACGCAAACGUGUUCUAUCAGGGAUAUUCGACCCUGGCAUAGAGGAAGAGUCCUUA